CGGGGAGCGUGACGCGAGAGGUUGCCAUGGCAGCACCGCCGCCUCAGCUGCGGGCCGAGGUGGUCCCAUCGUCAGGCGGACCGGCUGGAACUGGCACUCGCCCCCUCCGCCGCCCCCGCGGCCCAGCAGUCCAGCACCGCAGAGGCCCCGGAGAUUCCAGGGGAUCUGACAGCCUCUUCUGUCCUCCGUGGGCACUGCAUGAUACAGGUGGAGAGUAGAAGAAAACAUCCCAUAUCAACUUCUGGACGGACGGACACACACCUCUUCAUCCUCCCACCACACACAAAAGAACCACCCUUAAAAAGAGGAAAUGGAAGGUUGGGAGUGUGUUGCUGACCUCCAGGAACAAUACUCUAAUUUUUGCUCAGAAAACUUCCGGAAAACUAAGCCUUUUAUAUCGAGUAUACUCCAAGAAAUGGAUGAAGAAAUUAAAAAGGGAAAGAAAGAAGGAAUCCUAUUAAACAUUGCUGGUAACAAUCACUUGGUCCCAGUAGAAAGACUAACAGGUGAAGACUUUUGGCUUGUUUCCAAAGUUUUGCAGAAUCAGUCAUCUAUCAGUGUUUCUGUUCAUCUCUCUCCUUCAGGUAUGGAUGUUAGAUAUAACACCAUAGGUGAUACUGGUGCGUACUAUGCUGCAAAGCUGCUUCAGAAACAACCAUGUAUCACUUACUUAAACCUUAUGUUUAAUGAUAUUGGGCCUGAAGGUGGAGAAUCGAUUGCUAAAGCACUACACAAGAAUAAAACUCUCAAGUACUUGAGAAUGACUGGAAAUAAGAUUGAAAAUAAAGGUGGCAUGUUUUUUGCUUCAAUGCUGCAAAUUAACUCAUCCUUAGAGAAAUUAGAUCUAGGGGACUGUGAUCUGGGAAUGCAAAGUGUGAUAGCGUUUGCUACUGUACUAACACAAAACCAAGCAAUCAAGGGAAUAAACCUAAACCGACCUAUAUUAUAUGGAGAAGAGGAAGAGUCUACAGUCCACAUAGGGCAUAUGUUGAAAGAAAAUCAUGUCCUUCUUGAACUACAUAUGUGUAAACACGGUAUAAGAAACUAUGGCAUACAACAGUUAUGUGAUGCAUUGUAUCUGAACAGUAGCCUCCGCUACCUUGAUGUCAGCUGCAAUAAAAUAACUCGUGAUGGAAUGGUGUACCUGGCUGAUGUACUGAAAAGCAAUACUACCUUGGAAGUAAUAGACCUUUCUUUUAACAGAAUAGAAAACACAGGAGCAAAUUACCUCAGUGAAACUCUCACUUCACAUAACAGGAGUCUUAAAGCAUUGUCUGUAGUGAGCAACAAGAUAGAGGGAGAAGGGCUUGUUGCACUUUCAAAAUCAAUGAAAAUAAACCUCACGCUAUCUAAUAUAUAUAUUUGGGGAAACAAAUUUGACAAGGCUACAUGUAUGGCAUUUUCAGAUUUGAUGCAGAGUGGCCGGCUACAGCCAGACAAUACUGAUGUGGAGCCCUAUGUGGUGGAUGGACAUGUCUACCUUGCAGAAGUCUCCAAUGGCCUUAAAAAGCAUUAUUACUGGACACCAUCUUACGGAGAUGCGUAUGCCCCCUCAUCCAGUGCAGGCUUUGCUCUUGUUCCAGUUGGUCAACAUCUAUAAGAAACAAGCUUGAGAAUUGUUUUCAUGCCUUUUAAUUUUUAUUUCUUUUUUUUUUUUUUUUGAGACAUGGUCUCACCAUGUGGCCAUGGCUGGCCUAGAACUUGAUAUGAAGACCAGGCUGGCUUUGAACUCAUGGAGAUCCACCUGCCUCUGCUUACUGAGUGCAAGCAUUAAGGGGCACAACACCAUGCUCAACUGUCUCAACAUUUUCAGAGAUUAAUAUCUGAUAGCCUGUUUUCUUUCUUUCAUAAAUUAGAACAAGUUACUUUUAUCAAAUGUGCAAAACUGUAUAGUUGCCCCUUGUAAAAAAACAAACAAAAAAACCGUGGUUCUUAAUAUAAAGACCCAAAAAGGAUUUUUUUGUUGUUUUUAAUCAGGGUCUCCCUGUAGCCCCUGCUGCCCUGGAACUCACUCCAUAGACCAGGCUGGCCUGGAACUCACAGAGAUCCACCUGCUUCUUUUUAUGAGAAACAAAAACAAAAACCAGACAGUGAAGCAGCAUGCAAGUAAAGGUCGCACCAGACAUCUUAGUGUAAUAGUCUUACAAAGUGGUAGAAAGGUUUCAGUUGGCAAAUUCCCAGUGAUUUCAAGAGGUUCCAAAGUUCAGCAGUUCAAAAAGUAUUCCACAUAGUCUUUUUAAGGUAUUAUAGAUCGGUGUCAAUGACAAUUUCAUGAAAACAGGCAAAUAAAAACCUUCCUCUCAUAGAUAAUCAUUGUCCUGAUUUUAUAUAACCUUUCUGUGUCUGACUACUUGUGCAAUAUUAGUACAAUUCACUCAUGUUAUCUUAGGAGCUAUAGUUGAAUUCAUUUUUCAUUGCUUUGAAGAAGCAGUCCGUCAUACGCUGGGUAAGAGUCUACAGUAUUCUGGAAAGACAUGGCCUUUCAGGACAAGACACAGACGUUCAAAUAACUCUUAGUAAUGCAGUUUGCUUUCUAAGGCUUCCGUCUAUUCCUGUGUGCUAUAGCAGGGCCCAGGAGUGCAUAUAUUUUUGCAAGGGAGGAUUUAGCAGACAGCUGGAGGGAAGGCACAUAAGCCUACCUGAGUCUGCAGUGGGAUGGAAUGUGCCAAGCUGCACUUAGACCUACACUGCACUGCUUACACAGAGAUGCAGCUGAUGGAACCUUAGUAAAUGGUCCACACCCAAGAGAACUGAGGUGAGGCCAGUUUAGCCCAGAACUACCAGCUCUGACAAUGACAAGGGCAGGAAAGGCCUGAUGACCUUACCUGCCACAGAGGCUGGCAGAAUGCUCAGACCCAUUCAUUCUGAUGCCAUCAUGUCAUGUACUCCCCCUGCCCCCAUAUCUGGAUGUCAUCAGAGAUAAAAGGCAGGAAGACAGCAUUCUUCCAAAAGAUGAGCAGGAGAGGAGGUUUCCAACCAGCUAAGAAGCUAAUUUUCUCUAGACUUCCCCUUAGGUAGGGGAUAUGUAAGUUUCCUAGGAAACUCUGCUCCCUCUACAUGUCUUAAUUAUGCACACAUCUACAGCCUCUUACACAACUUUCUUCUAUUUACCUCUUGGUCAUCAUCUUUUAAGACUCUCCUUAAACAGAACUGAUUACAGUCACAGAUCAUGCUCAUUUUACAGUGCUUCAAAUCUGAAAGCAGCAUCCUGUUUACCUUCCACACUCUCAUUUUCAUAUUGAGACUACUUACUGUAUCUUUCUGUUGGUUUGAGACAAGAUCCCAUCUGAAAGACCAGUUCUCUCUUACUUAUAACUUCCUGUAGACUUCUGCUUCCCCCACUGACUGGGCCAAUUCCAAAGGACCUUUUCCUUUACAUACGUAUCUUACUUGACAUCACAUGCUGCAUUUCAUAGCUCAAAUUCUUGAGAUUCUGACCAGCUGUCUGGCCUAAGAACUGCUUCUCCCCGGUAAGGCAAUUCAGUCAGCUGGGGUCACAAGUACAGAAUCAUGUUACAAAUGAGGCUGGCUAACGUCAACAACUGUGGUACAUGUGACGUCAUGGGUUAUAAAUCUGUCUAAGACACUCCUUCCAGGGACUAUUUCAAGUAUGUCAGCAUGGAUGCAUUGACUGGGCAUUGACUCUUGCUUCUCAUAGAAUGCUUUUGGCAUUCUGCCUAGCUCGCUCCUCAAUCAGCUGUGUGCAACCAUCAGCCAUCUCAGGUGAUGACCCAGGUGAGCUAGGCCUGUGUCUCCCCCUUCAACUCCUGUCUCACUUCUUCACACUUCCUUUCCUCUCUCAUCUUCCUCUACUUUAUUUAAUACUCAGCAUUUUAACAUGUUUUACUGCUAGUUAGAUUGAUUUUGGCUUUCUCGUGUGACUAUAAGCUUAAGGAGAGGUAGAAAUUAUUUUUGUACUUUUACAUUACACAUUCUGAUUUUAGUAUUUUUGCAACAUAACUAGUAGCAAGAUUUUAUCCAAAUUCAGAGUAUGGUGCUUAUUAUAGCUCCUGAAGUUAAGUACCUGUUUUUGGAAGGUACUAGGUCUAAGUGAUAAGUCUAACUUCUUAAAACACAGUAAGCCUUUCUUCCCUGAAUAGAG